AAAAUUCUUCACCAAAAGCAACCAUGCUGUUAUCGAAAUAGAAAAAAAAAGUAAUCGACACACCCACUGUAUAGUGUUUCAAAAAAAUGCGUCCGGCCGUAUAUUAGGCCAUGCUUUAAAUUUUAUUUUGUUUUGAUUUCACUCAAUUUAUUUUACUUUUAAGUCCAUCGUUUUUAAAAUGGAUGGGUAUGACUUGAUGAUUUCUUAUUCGCACAAAACACGAGAAGUUACAUGGAAAAUAUAUGAUUGGUUUGAAAAGCGUGGUUUUAAGAUAUGGAUUGAUAAGAAUUAUUUAGAUACAGAAAUGGCUAAAGAAAUACGACUUGGCAUUGAUAAAUCUUCAGUAUUUAUUCCUUGUUUUUCAAGUGAUUAUGAGAAAUCUCCAUGGUGUAAUAAAGAAUUAACAUAUGCCUCUGUAAAUAAUAAACGUAUUGUUCCAAUUAUUGUUGAAAAUGGUUAUGAAUUAAGCAGUGAUAUUAAAUUUAAAAUAACUGGAUUGAAAUAUUUUACUUUGGAAGAAGAUUUUGAUACUGCAAUGAAUGAAGUAUUAAAGGCUGUGAAAAAGUAUACAAAUAAAACAGAUACCCAGUUGCCGGAAAGAAAGGAGUCAACCAGUGCAAGUACUCAAUGUGUUCAAGCAGAGCAAUAUGUUGAAAAUCCAUAUGCCAAAAAUAGAGAGUCCAAAUUAUUUAAAAAACAAAGUCGCGUUUGUGGUGAAGAAAGCGAUGAAGGAUUUUGUAAUGGCAGUCCAACAAAUGACACUGUUUCAGAACUUAAGAUGAGUCAGUUAAGUUUAAAUAACUCUCCAAUUAACAAUAGAGAUAGUCCGGAUGGAUGUGAAAACAAUCAAAUUAAUACAAAAAUUGUUACCAAUGAAAAUACAAAUCAAAACAUGUUACUAAAACAUACUACUACACCUACUGCAUUACCUGCACCUACUGCAUUACCUGCAUCGAUACCACCUACAUCUACACCUGCACCUAUUGAAUUGCCUACAUGGAAAUGUAAAUUUGAUUCUCUUUCAGAUGAUAAAAAGAAGCAAUUUCUAAUAAAAACAGGAUUACCCUUAAAAGAAUUUCGAUACGGACGGCCCGCUUUAAAGAAGAUUUUGGAUAAAGAUGAUCGAAUUUCAGUAAUAAUGGUUCCGUUUAAUUUUGAUAGAAAUUCACGCAUGUCAGUUCUAUUUGCCGACAAUGGUGGUGGAAACGCUGCUCUUUCGUUUUUAGAAUAUUUGAAAAUGUUUAUGCCAACCCUAAAAAUCAAAGAGUUUCGUGAAUGCUUAAUAAAGUUUGAGCUUAGUGGUGCUCAAAACAUUUUGCUCAAUAACAAUUAUAAUGAUGAUGAUGACUUUAACAAAAUUAGUUAUAUUCAUAUUCGUGAGCUCAGCUUUCAACUCGUUAGCUCAGACACAACUUACUCUGUCUGGAAAGACAUCGCAGAUGAACUGGAAAUAAGUUCUGAUGAUAUUAAUCGUAUUGGUAAUACCGGCAAACGUCCCUGUGUAUACAGUCGGACGGAGAAGUUGUUUGAUCUUAUCGCAAUGCAAUAUCCUCACGUGACUAUUCAGUAUUUUCUUGAUAUUCUUUUAAAGUGUCAAUAUCGAGAUGCUCACGACUUAAUAAGUGAAAAAAUCAUUGAAAAGUUGUGAUGAACAAAAAUUAUCUAGUUAAGACAUAAAAGCAGGGUGUAACAUUGAAAAUUUGUUAAAGCAGGAUGCGAACCAAUGACAAUUUUUAUUACUAUUUUUAUAUUUUUUAGUAGGAUUUUUUAAUUAAUAAAUGGUUUAUAAGUUGUAGAUUUUUAUGAAAUGGUAUAUAAUUUGUAUAUUUUUAUGAAAUAAUAUAUAAGUUGUAGA